UUGGUUGCCCUUCUUUGUUUCUCAAGUACACGCUGUGUGUGUCUGACUUAUUAAACUCGCUCUUGAAGUACUGUUGCAUUACUAAAAACAGUGAAGCAAGGAAUUUUAAUGGCGGCAUCACUUGUACCAGCAGCAGCUUCGAUUCACACUUCUCAGCAGCCACAGCUGAAACAAAAGUCAAGUGGUGAGCAGCAAUGGAUGGGAAGAUUUUCACCAAACAAAAAGUUGAAUCAUUUGAAGUAUUUUAAGGCAAGAGUAACAAUGUCUUCUAUGAAUAACUCUAGAUCAGUAGAAAUUCCUCGCCAAUGGUAUAAUCUAGUUGCAGAUCUUCAAAUUAAACCACCACCACCUUUGCAUCCCAAGACACUUCAGCCUGUUCAGCCUCAAGAUUUCUCUCCUCUCUUUCCUGAUGAAUUGAUUAAGCAAGAGGCUAGUACUGAGAGGUUCAUUGAGAUCCCGGAUGAAGUUGUCGAUAUCUAUAGUCUUUGGCGACCAACUCCUCUGAUCAGAGCGAAGAGGUUGGAGAAACUUCUUGGCACACCUGCAAGGAUAUACUACAAAUAUGAAGGUGUUAGCCCUGCUGGUUCACACAAACCUAACACUGCAGUUCCACAAGUUUGGUAUAAUGCACAACAAGGUGUCAAGAAGAUUGUGACAGAAACCGGUGCUGGUCAGUGGGGGAGCUCAUUAGCCUUUGCUUGCGGUUUAUUUGAUAUCGAUUGUGAAGUCUGGCAAGUUCGUGCUUCAUAUGAUCAAAAACCUUACCGUAAGUUGAUGAUGCAGACAUGGGGUGCUAAAGUACACCCAUCUCCUUCAAACAUUACCAAUACAGGUCGUAACAUCCUUGCAAUGGAUCCACUAAGUCCUGGCAGUUUAGGAAUAGCAAUUUCAGAGGCUGUAGAAAUUGCGGCUGCCAACGAAGAUACCAAGUAUUGUUUAGGAAGUGUCCUGAACCAUGUUUUACUGCACCAGACUGUCAUUGGUGAGGAGUGUAUAAAGCAAAUGGAAGCUAUAGGAGAGACUCCUGAUGUGAUCAUUGGUUGUACUGGUGGAGGGUCAAAUUUUGCAGGUCUUGCAUUUCCAUUUAUUCGAGAGAAACUUAAGGGAAAAAUUAACCCUCUUAUCAGGGCAGUUGAGCCUACUGCCUGUCCUUCACUAACCAAAGGUGUAUAUGCUUAUGACUAUGGUGACACUGCGGGUAUGACACCAUUGAUGAAGAUGCACACACUUGGGCAUGACUUCAUCCCUGAUCCCAUUCAUUCCGGAGGUCUACGUUACCAUGGUAUGGCACCACUUAUUUCACAUAUAUAUGAAUUAGGUUUCAUGGAAGCAGUAGCAAUUCCUCAAAUUGAAUGUUUUAAAGGUGCAAUACAAUUUGCCAGGACAGAAGGUUUAAUACCGGCACCAGAACCAACUCAUGCAAUAGCUGCUGCAGUCAGGGAAGCUCUCCACUGUAAAGAAACUGGAGAAUCAAAAGUUAUACUCUUAGCUAUGUGCGGUCAUGGUCAUUUUGAUCUUCCCGCGUAUGAGAAAUAUUUACAGGGAACCAUGGUCGAUUUAUCUUUUUCUGACGAGAGAGCGCAAGCAUCACUGGCUAACGUUCCUCUAGUUGCAUAAGGUUUUUAUAGCUUAUGGCAAUUUAGAGAAUCGUUACUUACGGCAUGUACUUCUGCUACUACAACCUUUCAUUAAAGAAAAAAAUUCGCUGCUAAUGCCUCACUGUUCUGAAACGUUAUUUCCUGUUGUUACUUUCUUUGUUCAUUUACAUUAGAUUUUCCAACUUCUAUGUCCAUUUUUAGACUUCA